AUGACUGGUCCGAGAAGGUUACCGUCUCCGACGGAUGAAGAGCGUCUGGCUGGGAUGGAGAUGGAAUUGGACCUUGAAAAGCAUGCGGAAGAGACGAGAGAAAGAGAGAGAAGAGAGAGAAGAGAGGGAGAGGAAAGGAGAGAGAGUAGGCAGAGAGAAAGAGAGAGGAAAGACAGAGAGAGUAGGCAGAGAGAGGAGAGAAGGCAGAGAGAGGAGAGAAUAGUGGAAGAGAGCGGGAUAGAGCGCGCUCGGAUAGAAGCGGAACGUAGAGUGAGGGGGUUGAAUCUGGAGAUGGGGAUGGCACAUAGGCAUGGAGAGGCUGUUGGAAACAACAUAGGGCCAAUGGAUAUAGAAUUUAUUUUGAGAGAAAGCAACCUGCAGGCUAUAGGUGGAAGACAUGGACAAGAGAUGUGGCAGGAGGGUGGGGAGACCAGGUACCAAGAAAUUGCGCGCGAUCAAAAUUCAGUAAGUCGUAGACGAGAAGAAAAUAGGGGACUGGGAGGUGCAACCUUUUCGUCAAUGGGAAGUAGUAGCCAAGAGGCUGAAGAAGAAAACCGAGGCGGUGGAGGCGGAAAGAAGACUUUGUCCGAGAGACAGGAAACUGAAGAGCAACGACUAGAAAGGCCCCUAACAUAUGGACAACGGCAAUAUCUAGAAAGAGUAAAACGAAAGCAGGAAACUAUGAACGGGAAUGAUCCGAUUAAAAAGCAGAAGCUUGAACAGCAAAGGAUUCAAAGGAAUAAACAUGCAAAAGAGCAAUAUCACGAAAGAAAAGAACGAGAGAAGAAAAUCGAAGAUGGUGAUGACGAGUUGGAGAAGGCAACGCUAUCGGCUACAAAAUACCAGCGUAGCCUCAAGGCAAAUGACAGCUAUCGGAAACGGAGGGCCGGCUCAAACCAUGGAAGAUGA